AGACUCACUUGUGCUGGUAGAAAAACCUAUACCUAAGAAACUCAUUUUCCAAUCAGAAAUAUCUGUUUUUCAAUAGUUCAACUAAAUGGGAGGACAUAAAACUCAACGGAAGUCUUCUUUUUCUUUUUUUGGCAUCUUCAAAAUCAAGAAGAGUCAUAUAGGUGGUGGGAACGAUACAUGGGAUGACUCAAUGAAGGCUUAUAAAGUGUAUCCAAGUGAUCAAGACAGAGCAGGACGUUGGGCUGAUCCUCGUAUUGACAACAAAGCUUCUGUUUACAUCGACACCAUCACAAACAAAUGGAACCAUGUUGAGGUACACUUGAGCCCAAAGGCAAGGGCAAGGUUUGAUGGUGCGGCGUGCACUCUCUCACCGACAUUUUAUGGGAUACUCUAAUGUUUUUAACUAAAGUUGUAAUGAAUGUAGAUUUAAAAACUAUUGUUUUGGGAUUUCAUGGUUUAUGGAAAUGUGUUUGAUUAAUUAAAAAUGAAAAUUUUCUUUUGAACAUUUGGGUCGUUACAGUUUAGGGACCCAUAGAGCCCGACAAAAGCUUUAGGGACUCAACGGUGUAGAAGUGUUUAAUCGAGUAUGUGAAUCAAAUCAGACUAAACCAAUGUAAAGAUUGAACACAAUAAGUAAAUAAGAUCUGGGUUUUUGCUCA